AUGGAGGGUCUGGAAAGCGGUGGUUUGGCUGCUGACCCGCUGCUUAGCGCGGCCCUCUCAUCACCCCUCGGCUCAUUAUCUCGUGAAGAUAUUUUUCUACAUGAUUUCGCUAGGUCAAGCCCACAUGCUGGUGCUUUAUUUGGGAAUUACGCAACUCUCACUACCCUACAACCUCUACCGCCGAUCUCUACCGUAACAUCAAAUGGAGGAAAAUUUAGCCGAUCUUCUUCGCCCGUCAGAGAGCGACAAAAUAGCUAUUUCUUUCCUCCUUCUAGUCAAUCCAGUUAUAAUUAUAAUGUAAACAUAAAGUACGAGUAUGAUUUGAAAAAUGAAGAGGAUUCAAACGAUUCACCUCCUGGUCAACCACCAUGUAGUACACCUUCUGAUUAUUCACAAAAUCAUGCUUCACAACCGGUUGAAACUACUUUUUCUUCAGCUAACUUUGUCCCUUCCUAUAGUGGAAUGGAAAUAAGAUCCCCAAAAAUCGAAAAGGACUGUUUUUUCAACGGCUAUAGCAACGGUGACUGCGACGUUGAUGAAGAAUCGACAUGCUUGCCAAAGAACGGUUCACCGAUAGCGAAUGGUCACGAUAGUAUGAAUGGUGAAGAAGACGACGAUGGAGAGGAAUUGAAUACUAAGGAUCUCGCUCAACGAAUAUCAGCCGAACUGAAACGAUACUCAAUACCGCAAGCAAUUUUUGCACAGAAAAUACUCUGCAGAUCGCAAGGAACGUUGUCAGACCUCUUACGCAAUCCGAAGCCAUGGUCGAAACUGAAGAGCGGUCGAGAAACCUUUCGACGGAUGGCAAAGUGGUUACAAGAGCCAGAAUUCAAAAGAAUGUCAGAUUUGAGGAUGGCA